CGGCAUUAUCGUUCACACUACACGGUGGAAUACGCGUCGUCGACAGCUCUUGACAAGUUAUUAAAUAGUAAACAAUUAUUCUAACGUAAUAAUUCCAUGUCCACACUUUUUUGUGAGAACUUAUACGCAUAUUAAAGUUUUUCUCGUCGUUUUAGAAGUGUAAAAACAUGUGCAGAUCGAAGUUUAAGUAGCUAACAAACAAUAAACUCGAGUGUUAUUUUAUUAGUGUGUUGUGUAAACAAAUAAACAAGGGGAAAGUUUUUCCCAGUUUCAAACUAUUUUUUAAUUGUGAACAAUGAGUGAUUACAAUAAGAAACGCAAGAAGCCUCAAGUGCAUAGCAACUAUACCAAAUUCCUCAAGAACUUGCACACCGAGCAAAUAGCAAAGCUUCAUGCUAAAAACCAGCAUGAAUGCGAUCUACUUGAAGAUCUGCGAACCUACACCAUCAAGCGUUCCGCUAUCGAGAAAUCUUACUCUGAGGCUUUGCUGAAGAUAUCUUCAGCUUACCUCAACAAGAAGAUACCAAACAUUCCAGACAUAAAAGUGGAUGGAGCUGAAGAGAAAUGGAACAUGUGGAAUGUCUGGCGCACAGUCUUGGAGGAGAAUGAGAAGCUGGCUCGCGCUCGUCUGGCUGCCGUCGAGGUAUUCCAGCAGCAGAUCGCCGACGAAGCCAAAUUCCUUCGGCAACAUAAGCUGAACGUCGCCAAAAAGUGCACCGACACCCUCGCACAGGCCCACAAGGAAUUGCAGACCACUGUUCUCGACGUGGACAAAACAAAGAAGCUUUACUUCGACGAAGAGCAUACCGCUCACGAUGUCCGUGAUAAGGCUAAGGACAUCGAGGAAAAGCUCAAAAAGAAGAAGGGUUCCUUCUUUCAAUCCAUUACGUCGCUGCAAAAGAACAGCGCUAAGGUAUCUUCUCGUCGUGACCAGCUGGAGGAGAAAUCUACAGGAGCCAGGAAUGACUAUCUGCUCAGUAUCGCUGCUGCUAAUGCCCACCAGAAUCGCUAUUUCCUGGUGGAGCUGCAGAAUUGUAUGCUGAGCAUGGAAGCUGCUGUGUAUGAGAAGGUGUCCGAAUUCCUGACCUUCAUGGGUCGUACGGAGUUGCUUACCUGUUCUGCUACCCAACAUUCCUUCGGGAAGAUCCGCGACCAAGCACAGCAACUGACUCGGGACUACAACCUGCAAUGCCUAUACUUGUACUACCCUGUGCUGAAGCAGCACAUUCAGUACGAGUUCGAGCCUUGUGACAACGACCCAAUUGACAGCGUCACCAUUGAGCAUGAGUCGGUGGCCCAAACAUUGGGGCAGGAAGCCCGUCGAUGGGCAACUCGUGUGCUGCGCGAGACAUCUCUGGUCCGCGAAGCUACCCGCAAGAUGAACGUCUACCAAGCCAUGCGUGAUGCUGGACAGAAGGUGGACCCGAAUGAUCCCAAUGGUCCGGAGCUGGACGUCCGCUUAGACGAGCUGCGUGCAACUAUCCGUCGGUCAGAGAUUUCAAAGGCCAAGUAUGAGUCUCGCCUGGAGUGUCUCCGUGUGAGUGGUGCUCCAGUGGACGACUGGCUGAAGGAGGUGGACCUACUGGCUGUCCAGGAGCCAUUGCAGCGCAGCAGCAGCCUGCUUAGCGUCCGCACUGACGCAUCCGGUGCAGCUGACCAGCCGAGCUCCGAUUCGUUCUAUGACAGCGACAAUACUGAGGGAGAAGGUACUUCGGCCUCAGCUUCGGCCUCGGCUUCGGCCGCCGUCGCUUCCAGCAGCCACCAGCGCACCACCUCUGGCUCACAGAACGACGACGAACAUGAUGAGGAUGUUGACGCUAUGCUGGAAGAAGAUCGCAUGCGAAUUGAGCAACUGACAGUUGGUUGGGAUGAUCCGACCCAAGUGAAUUGGGACGAAGGUGAAGGUGCCGCCGAGGCCGUAGAGGCUCCUGCAGCUCCAUUGUACAAAUGCACCGCCCUAUACUCGUAUACGGCUCAGAAUCCUGAUGAGCUGUCGAUCAUUGAGAGCGAGCAAUUGGAAGUCGUUGGCGAAGGAGACGGCGAUGGAUGGCUUCGUGCCAGGAACUACCGCGGCGAGGAAGGCUAUGUGCCCCACAACUAUCUGGAUGUCGACCGCGAACAGCCGUGCACAAGCUCGGGCGCACCGGGUCUGGUCUCCCAGAUUUCAUUCUCCUCUGUUGACUACACCGUCGAAGGCGAAGAUGCUGAUGUGGUACAGUCACCUGACCAGAUCUCUGUCAUCUCGGCCCCCGCUGCUAAGGCCGAGGAGCCAAGAGCUGAGGAACAAGCUCAACAAGAGUCCUUUGUAGCUGAAUGGCCGACUGCCGAAACUUCUAAGGCACCUGAAGUGUCUGCAGCAGCUCCGAAACCUGAUCAGCCAACUCUCGGUUAUUGCUUUGCUAUGUACGACUACGAUGCUGAAUGCCCCGACGAGUUGAAUCUUGAGGAAGGACAGAUUAUUCGCAUUCUGUCCCGUGAAGCUCACGGCGUCGACGACGGCUGGUGGCGCGGAGAAGCCAACGGAGUAGUUGGCAACUUCCCAUCUUUGAUCGUGGAGGAGUGCGAUGAGGUAGGCCGUCCUUUAGAACUACUGGAAAAUACUUACGAAUGUACUCCAAAAGGGAAGAAAGGAAGAUUGAUUCGAUCGUCUGUCGCCUAAGUGAUGACCAUUUCGACCAUGUUGUGUCGAUUUGCUUACUUUUCCUAAGUACUUGAAACGGGCAUAUAUACGUGACCGCACACGAAGUGCCUUCUAAGAAGGGGUGGCUAAAGUGAUACGC